UGAAGUUUCAGUAAGUGACGCAUCUUUGAUUUGUUCACUAUAGCAAAUUAUUUUCCUUAUUGUAAGCAAACCAAGCCCAUAUUUGAUAAAAGUUCACUUAACUUUGUGUUGUUACAAUAUACGUUGAAGAGGAUUACAUUUUUGAUGUUCCAUGGUGUUGUGUAAAACUACUAGAUAAAUAAAUUUCUGAUCUCGUUAUAUCGUAACCGGCUUUCGAAUAAGAUGUGGAAAGCUUCAACGGGCGUGACAGCUCCUGCUCCAGCGGAAGCAGAUGACUGGGAAACAGAUCCAGACUUUGUUAAUGAUGUGACCGAACAAGAACAACGAUGGGGUCCUGGUGGUAGACAUGUAGAGGCUAUCGACAUGGCUAAGCUCAGAGAAGAAGUGUUUGAAGCUGAUAAACAAGCGAAGCAGAAGCAAUACGAAGCGGGUCCAAAGUCAUCUUAUGGAUAUGGAGGUAAAUUUGGCGUACAACAAGACAGAAUGGACAAGUCGGCCGUUGGUCAUGAUUACGUCGGUAAAACAGAGAAACACGUGUCGCAGAAAGACUACGCUCAAGGUUUUGGAGGUAAAUUUGGUGUGCAGACGGAUAGAAUGGACGCCAGUGCCGUGGGCCACGAUUAUGUCGGUAAAGUUGAGAAGCACGCUUCACAGUCGGAUUAUGCCAAGGGUUUCGGCGGCAAGUUCGGCGUGCAGACGGACAGGGUAGAUAAAAGCGCGGCGGGCUGGGAGCACAAGGAGCAGGUGGAGAAGCACCCGUCGCAGAAGGACUACUCGGUGGGCUUCGGCGGCAAGUUCGGCGUGCAGGCCGACCGCCAGGACGCCUGCGCCGCCGGCUGGGACCACCACGAGGCCGCGCCGGCGCACCGCUCGCAGACAGACCACUCGCUGGGCUUCGGCGGCAAGUUCGGCGUGCAGAGCGACCGGCAGGACGCGUGCGCCGCCGGCUGGGAGCACCGCCACGCGCCGCCCGCGCACGCCAGCCAGCUCGACCACAAGCGGGGCUUCGGCGGCAAGUUCGGCGUCGAGACCGACCGGGUGGACAAGUGCGCGCACCGGUACGACGAGGUGGACAAAGUGGGGACCAGCUACACCAAGCAGCGGCCGGACAUCGGGGCCGCGAAACCGUCCUCCAUCCGCGCCAAGUUCGAGAACAUGGCCAAGGAGAAGGAACAGGAGGCGUUACAAUCAGUUCAACGGAUAAGACAAGAGAGGCAGCAGUUGGACAAGAGUCUCUCAGAAAAGGAAAAAGAACGCGUGGCGAAGGAAAAAGACGAUCCAGAAGAGUUUAGGGAAGAACAACCGAGCGCAAACGCAACAAUCGCUCCGACAAGCGCAACGAACAUACCGACAAACGCAACGAAAGUCAUGCCGACGAACACGAAAAUGAUGACACCUACAAACGCGUCCACAAUCAAGAAGACUGAAGAACAAAUUAACAUUACACCAUCGACAGCAGACGAACCAAAGAUUCAACCGACGGAAGCGAAGCAAGUCAACCUACCGGAUGUAACUCUAGUCGGGGAACCGAAAGAAGAGGAAGUUAAGGAAAAGGAAGAAGUGGCGCGCCAGCCCACCAUCGUGGUGUCGCCGGUGGGCUGGGAGGGGGAGGCGGAGGCGGAGGGGGAGGACGAGGACGGCUACACGGCGCGCGCGCUGUACGACUACCAGGCCGCCGCCGCCGACGAGAUCUCCUUCGACCCCGACGACCUCAUCACCAACAUCGUCAUGAUCGACGAAGGUUGGUGGCAAGGCUUGUGCAAGGGCGCGUACGGACUGUUCCCCGCCAACUACGUACAGCUGCAGGACAAAUAACUUCAUUAUCAUUCGUUCACAUUCCUUUCAUUCGACUGUAUAAUUGUAUUAUACUUAUGUACGAUGUGUUUAAAAUUGUGUCUUAAUAGGUAACCUUCUAAGGUUUUUGAAAUCGGAAAAAAUGUGUAUUGUUUUUUUUUUUUAUUGAAACAUUAAUGUUAGUUGUUAACUGACUAAAAAUUUAAAUCGAUUAUAAAUUUUAAUAUGACAUACGUUAAAACGAUUAGAGAUUUAUUGAAAUCGAUUUAGCAAUAAAUAAAUAAACUAUGUAUUAGCAAAAUUGCGUACUUUAUGAACGUAGAGAUAUUUAAAGUCAAGAAUAUAAAAAAAAAAAAAAACUAUUAAUAUGGA